UCGGACCWGGGGUCUUUCUGUGUGGAGUUUGCAUGUUCUCCUCAUGCUUGGGUGGGUUUUCUCUGGGUGAUUCGGUUUCUGUCACCCAGAAACAUGUACAAUAGGUUGCCCUCAGGCCCAGGCCUCYCUUGAAAAAGAGAUCUGCGAUCUCAAUGGGACUUGCCUGAUUAAAUAACAGUAAAUAAAUAACARAAUACCCCUUAAUUACCCUGCGUUACUAUGUAUAAUACCCCAUAUUUUCCUGUAUGUUACCCUGUAUUUAAGAACAGCCUGUAUUUACCUUUAAUGUUACCCCAUAAUUACCCUAUUUGUCACUAUGUAGGUUAAACCAUAUUAUCCUGUUACACCAUAUAUACCAUGUUUAAGAGGUUUAUAGGGAAGUAGUUUUGUUGCACUUUUUUAAACUUCCAAACGUCUUCUAUACCAUGAAGCAUGUUUUUUGCUCUGAUUUAAACGUUAUAAUGAAUCAUUGAAUGAUUUUUUUUAAGAUAAAUCCUGAUCUCAUCUCACCCCCACCCCCAAACUUCACCUCCUGUGCUGAUGAAAGAUAAAGUCAAUCUCCUGCCUUUUUGUGGUGAGUUGCUUCACUCUGUCAACGGAAGGAAGAAAACUUGCUGUAAACAGUUUUAUCUUGAUGAAAAAGCUGCAUCAUCUCCGCCCCAAAUCAGCCUUAAGGCCCCUCCUGAAACCUGCAGGAGAUCAGUGAGGACYGAGGGAGGCACAGUAAAAUGGAGCACGUUCCAUUUGUGGCGCGCUACCGAGAGGCGCUCCGGCUGCCCGCCUUCCACCUCCGAGCUGCCUACCUGGACCCGGGCUUCCCCUGCAGACCCCUGCCCCGCUUCUCCUUCCACGCUCCCCUGGGCGCCUGCGACAACUACCCSUUCGAGCCCGCUUUCGUCCAGAGGCGCAACGAGAGGGAGCGGCACCGCGUGCGCUGCGUCAACGAGGGCUACGCGCGGCUCCGGGAGCACCUGCCGCACGAGCUGGACGACAAGCGGCUCAGCAAGGUGGAGACGCUGCGGGCGGCCAUAGACUACAUCAAUCACCUGCAGAGGCUGCUGGAGACCACCAGAGCCGGGAGGGAGAGGACGGAGAGCAGGGCCGGGGAGUCCAAACCCUGCUCUGAACAUAAGGAAGUGCUUYAUUAGGAUCUGUUGGACUAAAAUACAGGAAACGAACAGACAUUAAAGACAAUUUGAAUUUUGCUACACACACAUAUUUUUUUAUCUAUAACACUAAUUUUGUUGUUUUAAUCUCAAAAGUUAUUGUUUUUUUUUA